AUGCAGCUCCUCCCACUUCCUGCCCUCACCGGGACAGAGACUCCAAUGGAUAUGAACAAGCAAAGGAAACGCAGUUUGACAUCCUUCCCAAUUUUGAAAGCAAGGAAGAAGCAAAGUUUCACCUCUGUGAAGGUUGAGAGUAAGCCUUUGGUUCAAGUUCAGAAGCCGUGCUCCAACAUCAAGAAGCUAAGAAUGACCCGAUAUUCACACAAGAAUCCAAACCCCGGCAUCACUGUGCUCCCUUCUGUGGACACAAAGGAGAAGAGGAACAUAGUUAACUUCCCCCACAUUGGCAACAAAGUUCUAUCAAAGCCACUCCUGUUGUAUCCGGAAAGUCAAAUUCACAACCAAGUGCUAUCCUCUGAGCUCAAGACGUCAGAAGCACCUUUCAACUUUAACUCUAAAUCCCAAGACACCAAGCCACAUCCGGAACUUCCCAAGAGGCACAAGGUCCCUCUGACAGCAGCAGAGGCCCUGAAGUUUUUUAAGAAUCAACUGUCCCCCUAUGAGCAAAGCGAAAUCCUGGGCUACACAGAGCUGUGGUUCCUGGGGCUUGAAGCCAACAAGCUCAAGGUGGUUCCAGAGAAGUUCAGCAAGAUAAGCUUUGAUGACGAGCAUGGCUCCUAUAUGAAGGUCCUCCAUGAUCACAUUGCCUACAGAUAUGAGGUUCUGGACCUGAUCGGGAAAGGGUCCUUUGGACAGGUGGUCAAAUGCUUGGAUCACAAAAACAAUGAGUUGGUGGCCCUGAAGAUCAUCAGGAACAAAAAGAGAUUUCACCAUCAGGCUCUGGUGGAGCUAAAGAUCCUGGAAGCCCUCAGGAAGAAAGACAAAGACAACAGCCACAAUGUGGUCCACAUGAAGGACUUCUUCUACUUCCGGAAUCACCUCUGUAUCACCUUUGAACUCCUGGGAAUCAACCUGUAUGAGUUGAUGAAGAACAAUUGCUUUCAAGGCUUCAGUCUGUCCAUAGUUCGGCGCUUCACCCUUUCUGUUUUGAAGUGCUUACAGAUGCUUUAUGUGGAGAAAAUUAUCCACUGUGAUCUCAAGCCGGAAAAUAUUGUGCUGUACCAGCGGGGCCAAGUCACUGUUAAAGUUAUUGACUUUGGGUCAAGCUGUUAUGAACACCAGAAAGUGUACACGUACAUCCAGAGUCGGUUCUACCGAUCCCCUGAGGUGAUUCUGGGCCACCCCUACAACAUGGCCAUUGAUAUGUGGAGCCUGGGCUGCAUCAUGGCCGAGCUAUACACUGGAUACCCACUGUUCCCUGGGGAGAAUGAGGUGGAGCAGCUGGCUUGCAUUAUGGAGGUGCUGGGCCUGCCACCUGCCCACCUCGUCCAGACGGCUUCCAGGAGACAGGUAUUCUUUGAUGCCAAAGGUGUUCCCAAAAAUAUAACCAACAACAGAGGGGAAAAAAGAUACCCGGACUCCAAAGAUCUCACGAUGGUGCUGAAAACCUAUGACUCCAGCUUCCUGGACUUUGUCAAGAGGUGUUUGGUAUGGGAGCCUUCUCUGCGCAUGACCCCUGACCAGGCCCUCAAGCAUUCCUGGAUUCACGAGCCGCGGAAACUCAAAAUGCGGCCCAGGCCACAGAUCCUAAGGAAGUCCAGUUUUUGUAUUCCCUCCGAGGUGAGCAAGGACAAGGCUGAAGAGCAUCACAGCAGCAAAAGCAAGAAAGAUGAGACCACCAAAGAAACCACAGACAAAUUAAAAGAUGAUGCUGAGACCCACCUUCAGAAUUCCGGCAAACAGCAGAAUUCUCUCCAGCAGGCAGGAGACACAGUUCAGCUGCCCCAUCUAGCAGAAGCUUCUGGAAAGGCAGAGACUGUUGCUGGGUCAGAGGUAUCCACAGAACCUGGAGGCACCUCUUCCCCCAAGGGCACAAACGUCUUACCACCCAUCAUGUGA